AUGGCUCCCGCACAGCAGCCAAACGAGUUUCCGUACGCCGACUUUCUUGAGCAAUUCAUGGGCAACUCCACGACCGGCCGUGGCAUCGACCACAGCGGCCCCAGCAGCCACCCUUCCCACUGGCCCGGCUUCCCAUUCGGCCGGCCCCCUCACCCUCCUCCUCCUCCUCCCGGCCCGCCCGGCCACGACCACUUUCGUCCCCCCAGCCCUCCCGCACCACCCGGCCACCACGGCCGCCAUCACCCUCACCAUCCCCAUCGCCCCGACCAGCAGUGGGGUUGGGGCGGCUGGGGCGACCGUCACGGCGGCGGCUGGGACGAGGCCGACUUUGACUUUUCGGACCGCGGCCACGGACGCCACGGACGUGGACGCCGUCACCACCACCACGACAACGACGAGGAGGAGGCCACCCGCGAGAGACCCCUCGGCGUCUCGAACGACGAGAAGCCCGACAAGUCUGCGGAUGAGAACCAGGCGACUGCUUCUGGAGACGACAGGCAUGGCUCUCCCGACACCAUGAAAGCAGACGUCCCUGACCCCGAGGAAAUGGUGCCCGAGUACGAAGAGGCCCGCCCCAACAACAACGAGACCUUCACCGGUGCCCUUGGCGGCUUCGGUCACGGCUACGGCUGGGGAGGCCGAGGAGGCCGCGGAGGCCGCGGCGGCUGUGGCCGUGGUUACGGCCGCCGCCACCACCACAACCACGACCGCAGCGGCAGCCACUUCCCCAACCCGGCGGCUCCUCCCGGCGGAUUCAGCCUCCCGGACAUGAUGCGCGGAUUCAUGAGCCACCCUUUUUUGCAGCACAUGGGUGCCGCCGCGCGGAGCUUCCAGAACCCCGACUCCCCCUCCUUGGACGAGUCCACCUUCUCGCCCCCCGUCGACAUCUUCAACACGCCCGCCGCGUACGUGCUGCACGUCGCGCUGCCGGGCGCCAAGCGCGACGACGUGGGCGUGCACUGGGACCCGGAGCGCGGCGCGCUGUCCGUGUCGGGCGUCGUGCACCGCCCGGGCGACGAAGCCUUUCUGCAGACGAUGCACUCGUCGGAGCGCCGCGUCGGCGUCUUUGCGCGGUCCGUCGCGCUCCCGCCCAGGGACGCCGGCGAGCAGCAGGAGGGGGGGCCGCGCGAGGAGAUUGAUGCCGAGGGCAUCGCCGCCAAGCUCGACGACGGUGUCUUGGUCAUCAUGGUGCCCAAGAUGGAGAAGGAGUGGACAGAGGUCCGCAAGGUGGACAUCUUGUAG